AACAGGAAUUUUUCAGUUUUUAAGCUGGACAUUAAAACGAUGAUAUACUGCGACUGGAAUUAGUAAGAUUUUCAGCUGAUACAGGCAUGGAAUUUGGCCAAAAGAAAUGUUCAUAUUUGGUCAUAGAACGAGGGAAGUCAGUCCCUCAAACCCCAAACCUGUGCAUCAACGGUCUCUCUGUCUCCUCCAUUCUACACAAACAACGUUACAAGUACCGAGGCACAGAUGAAAAUGUAUUAUAUGCGAUACAAAUAUCACUGAAGAUCAAAGAAAAAGAGGAUAUCUAUGGAGAACUGCUUUGAAACCUCCAGCUUCUAUAUCCAGACUAUGAAUUCAUAUUCAUACCAAUAAUAAUUGGAGGACUAGGUUUUGUUUGUAAAUACUUAAAGGAGAAUCUGGGUAAACUGGGAUUUUCAGAAAGAGAAAUCGACCGGUUAAUUCGUACAUUACAAGCGCAAUCUAUGAGUGGAACAGUAAAAAUAUGCAAGACUUUUCUCAAGUUCCAAAUAUGAAUUUGUCUGUGUUAAACUACACCCCAAAGAUGGAACCUUGUAUCUUUGUUGGAAACCGGCUCCCUCCUUCGUGGAAGAUUUAUGAUAAUUAAAAAAUAGAAGAGACAUACAUACAUACAAGUGUGUAUGAACAUAUUUAGACAUAACUACAGAUGUGUACCCAUCCACCGACUUUGUUGCCUCAUAACUUCCAGAUUAGGUAUAAGUAUAGUUGAGUAUGCCGAUUAGGCAGUUAUGCCUAUAUUUAUAUGUAUAUGUCUAUCUAUGCUGUUCAAAAUAAAUGACAUUCCUGCUUAUUUUUUAAGAGAGUUUAGCCACACUUUCUAGCAGUUCGAACAACGUCGUAUUGACUCUCCAGUUGAUAUGUCAUAGUUAUUUAGCUGGUCAAUAUUUCAUUUACAAUGGAUGGAUACAAGUGGCGGAAUAAAUUACGAUAAUUGACCGAAUCUGAAUGUAUUAAAUUACAUUAGGGGACUUUUAAUAUGUGUCACCGGUAUCCUUGAGGUAAGGGAAAAAUUAUCAAUGACACCGCUAUUUUGCAAUUAGUUUAAUUACGUCAUCUGCCUUAAUUAACGUCAUUUUAUCAUGUAAACAGAAUCGUAGCAGUCUACAUUGACAGGAAUUUCUCAGUUUGAAAGACUUCUCAAAUUAUUUAAUAUGGAAGACGUUAAUCCCUUGGACACUUUUAAUAACGCACCUGUUUUUAACAAUAUCGAUUCAGUAACAGAAAUACAGAGUGGUGAGAAAUCUUUAUCUUGUGAAACAUUUACUAAACAAACAUCGCCAAACAGAAAUGUUCCUGAAUAUUGCUGUGAGAUUUGUGAGAAAACAUUUUCUUCAGAACAGGAAUUUUUCACACACAAAGAAAUACACGAAAAGCGAAAACUGUAUCGUUGUGAAAUAUGUUGGAAAUCUUUUGAUUAUUACAGUGUCUUAACAACGCACAAAAGAAUCCACAGUGGAGAAAAACCUUACAACUGUGAAAUAUGUGGGAAAACAUUCUCUGUUAAUUCUAAACUUAAAAAACACAGAAUCAUUCACACUGGAGAAAAACCCUGUUAUUGUGAUGUAUGUGGUAAAUCAUUCACUGAUAAUUCCUAUCUUGUAGUUCACAAAAGAAUUCACACUGGCGAAAAACCUUAUCAUUGCGAAAUCUGUGGUAAAUCAUUCACUCAGAAUUCAAGUCUCGUUAGCCACAUACGUUGUCACACUGGAGAAAAACCUUUCCACUGUGAAAUAUGCGAGAAAUGCUUCUCUGAUAAUUCGAGUCUUGUGGUACACAUACGUAGUCACACCGGAGAAAAACCCUUCCACUGUGACAUAUGUGGCAAAUCCUUUAUCAAUAAUAGUAGUUUAACAAGACACAAAAGAAUACACACUGGAGAGAAACCAUAUCACUGUGAUAUAUGUGGAAAAUCGUUUGUUGAUAAUAGCUAUAUAACCAGUCACAAAAGGAUACACAGUGGGGAAAAACCUUACCAGUGCGAAGUAUGCAAGAAAUCUUUUGUGAAUAGUAGUGAUUUGACAAGUCACCAAAGAAUACAUACUGGAGAAAAACCUUUCCAUUGUGAAAUAUGUGGGAAAUCGUUCUCUGAUAAUUCUAAUCUUGAAAUCCAUAUACGUAGUCAUACUGGGGAAAAACCAUACCAUUGUGAAAUAUGUGGUAAAUCAUUCUCUGUUAAUUGUAGUCUUGUUAUCCACAUGCGUUGCCACACUGGAGAAAAACCUUUCCAUUGUGAAAUAUGUGGUAAAUCAUUCUCUGAUGAUUCUAAUCUUGUAGUUCACAGAAGAAUCCACACUGGUAAAAAACCUUACCAUUGUAAAAUAUGUGAGAAAUCUUUCAUCACUAACAGUCUCUUAAAAAGACACGAACGAAUACACACAAGAGUAAAGUCUUAAUUUGUCAGUCUAAACUUACAGUCCACCUUCUAGUACACAUUUGGAGUUUAUGUUGAAAUACUUCGGAUAUCAUUCUUUUUGAAUUUUCUCAUCGUGUCUGUACGUGUGCUCUCGUUUGAAAGAAACCUUUUCACCGAAACACGAGGAAAUUUUCUUUGUGGAUAAUAAACUCGUAAUUGAAAACAAAUACAUACCUUGACACUAUGAUUAUAUUUAGGGGAAUCAUUGAAUGUGAAGUGUAUAUUUGUGUUGCACUUGUGAAAAGGCAAGAGUAAAAAAUUAUUAACGUGAAAUAUGUUGGAAAUUUGUGUUCUUGUCCUACAAUCCAUAAAUUCAUCAUGGAAAAAGAUCCAUUUACUGUUAUUUGCGGUUAAUGUUCCUACCAGAGACUCAGUCUCAUUAUGGAAAAACUAAAGGGUAAAACUUUACAGAUGUGAAAGUUGUACAAAAUUAUUUAAAAGCCAUGUUUUUAAAGAAGUAAAUAUUUACAUGAGAAAAUUUUUAUUGAGAUGAUUUGUUGAAAAUAAGAACAAACGAAUUAAAAAUUUAUGUAAAAAUCUUAUCACUUAAAUUUAUGAUAAAAUUUUCCCCCUCAUAUGUAAAUUAAAUUUCUAUUUUAAGGAUCUCUUAAAUUUCACAUUAAAAUCUUUUAACUACAAGAUUUCUUGGAUGGUAUUUUCUAGACUUGAAAUUAUCUUUCUCAAAGAUGGUUCACCAUUAAACAUACUAUUUGUAACAAAAUACCAUUUGAUAAAAGUGUUUCUGUAUGUAAUUUUAUAUAUUAAUUGCAGCACAUAUAGCAUAGAAGUAUUUUUGUGAAUGGAAAAUGCUUCUUGUCCUGUUACCUAUUGAAGAUUUUGUGUGAGUAACGAGAGAGAGAGAAACCUUGUGUUAAAUAGAUAGCAAAAAAAUAGAUUGUCCACUUUGAAAUGUUUGUGAUAGGAUGUUUGCAUAAUGGAAGAUUCUUUGCGUUGAAGCAUCCUAAUAUCUAAGUGACUUUUGGAGAGGUUAAAAGUCAGAAACUUAUGUUUCAGGAUGUAACAAGAGAGAUAAGCUUUUAGGAAACAACUUCAG